ACCAUUUUCGUUUGCUCUUCCUCUUGUACCACUCGUGUUUUGUGCGCGAUAAAGAAAAAUUCGCAUAAAUUUUCCAAUUUGUUGAGCUUUAUUUUCUUUUUUUCGUAACUUCCACUGCAGCAAUAUUUUGAUUUUGCAUUUUCAUGUUGUGAUAUCAAACAUUUGAUAAAGAAAAACAAAAAUCAAUCAGUGAGUGCGGCACUACAAUCAAAUCAAUUGGAAAAAGAGACGAAAGUGAAAAAGAAUUGAAGAAGAAAAACACUUCAAAAAAUAAAGAUAAAAACGCAUUAAUCCCCAACUCCAGACGAAGAACGAAUUACGAAAAACGAAGAAAAGUUUUUUGAAAUUUAUUUUUUAAUCGUUUGUUGAAAAAGAAAACAAAGAAUUGCUCUUUUCAAGUCGAUAUUAAGAAAUAUCUUUAAGAAAAUAAAUUAAAAUAAAUAAAAAUGCUACUCAGCCGAAACAAAUUAGGAAGUGUCCGUCCACCAAAACGCUAUCGAGGCGAAAUGGAGGCAUCAUCAGCAUCAGAAAUUGUCAUUAUCCAUGGCAAUUCACAUCCUGAUUUGGCAAAUAUGGUUGCCGAUCGAAUGGGAUUGAAGAGUGGUGGUUGUUCAGUUUUCCAUAAGACAAAUCGUGAGACUAUGGUUGAAAUUGGUGAUUCUGUUCGUGGUAAAGAUAUAUACAUCAUUCAAACUGGAACUAAGGAUGCGAAUAAUAACAUCAUGGAAUUGCUUAUUAUGGCUUAUGCUUGUAAGACUUCAUCGGCUCGUUCUGUUGUUGGUGUAAUUCCAUAUUUGCCAUAUUCAAAGCAAUGUAAAAUGAGGAAACGUGGUUGUAUUGUUACUAAAUUGUUGGCCAAGAUGAUGUGCAAAUCUGGUCUCACACACAUAAUCACAAUGGACUUGCAUCAAAAGGAAAUUCAGGGUUUCUUUGAUAUUCCCGUGGAUAAUCUAAGAGCUUCACCAUUCUUGUUGCAGUAUAUUCAAGAAAGUAUUCCCGAUUACAGAAAUUCGGUUAUUGUAGCCCGUGACCCUGGCUCAGCUAAAAAAGCAACUUCCUAUGCUGAACGUUUGCGUCUAGGAAUCGCUGUCAUUCAUGGUGAACAAAAAGAAGCUGAAAGUGAUGAAGUUGAUGGCCGAUAUUCUCCUCCACCAGCCAGUACAUAUAGCACUACAAUAGGGAAUUCAGUUGAAAUGUGCUUUCCUUCGACCCCUACUCGUAGUAGUAGCAGACAGAGGACAAUCAGCGUUUCAGUUGGAGUACCUGGACAUCCACCAAAGGAAAAACCACCAAUUAAUGUUGUUGGUGAUGUUAAUGGACGAAUUGCUAUUAUGGUGGAUGACCUUAUCGAUGAUGUCCAAUCUUUUGUUGCUGCAGCAGAAGUUCUAAAAGAGAAUGGAGCAUGUAAAAUAUACGUCCUUGCAACACAUGGCUUGCUGAGUUCUGAUGCUCCUCGAUUGAUUGAUGAAUCGCCCAUUGAUGAGGUUGUUGUAACAAAUACCAUACCACAUGAGAUCCAAAAAUUACAAUGCCACAAGAUCAAAACAAUUGACAUUUCAAUUUUGAUAGCCGAGGCGAUUCGCAGAAUUCAUAACAAGGAAUCGAUGUCUUAUCUCUUCCGUAAUGUAACGCUAGAAGAUUAAUUUGUUGCAUCCCACUGCAGAUGCAGAAGCAUCGUUUUUGUUGUUUUAUUUUCUAUAAUAUUUGAAUUGAUUACUACAACUUUUCAAAGCUCAUUAUACAUUUUCUUUUUUUUUUGUUUAAUUUCUUUACUAAUUUUUAAACUAUUCAUAAUGCACUACUUAUGUUUCUAUUUUGUUUAUUAAGUAUUUUUUUCUAGCACUGCCUUUGAUCCGUGCGUAAUUCAAAUAAUUAUUAUUUACAACAGAUUUGUUUUCAAACAAGUUUCCUAUACUAAAAAACAAACCAUUUUUGUACUUUUUUCAAAAUAAUGUAAAAUUCGUUUGAAAUCAAACUGUUAAUGAAAAAAUCAAAACAAACAAAAACACGAAAAUUUACAAAAUCUUAGUGAAAACAUAAAAACACAGAUUUCUAUAAAUCAUUCAUAGAAGUUUGCUGGUUAAGCUUAAGCAAUGAUGAUGGAAGAAGGAAACAUUGUUUUCUUUGUUAGAAAUAUUAAUACUUAUUAAUGAAUAUGUACCAUUAUUGAUUAUUAUAAAUAUUUUAUUAAAACACAUGAUACAUUGUAUUAAAAAUAGAAAUAUCAAACAUAUUUGUAGAAAUGUAUAAAAAAAGAAUAAAAAAUGAAAUAUAAAUUGCUAUUUAAAGAAUAAA